UGUCCCCCUGACAGUGAAAACCACACGACGCCAAACCGGCGACUCCCAAAUUCCAAUAAUUUGACCCACUAACUUGAUUCCAUAAGUCCAAGUUUACAUUAAACUAUUUCUAUUAUUUUUUGCUUUCCUGGAAUACUUGAGUGAGUUGGUGAUUUCUACAAGUCAAUGAAGUCUGCUCUUACGACACACUGACAUUGAUCUAUAUCCAUUCAAGUUUGAACUCUCCUCUUUUUUCUGGCUAUCUCCGGUUCCUGUUGCUGACACUGGUGAUUGUAAGCUUAAGCCAUGGCUGUGGGAUUGGCCAUUUCAAGGGAAGGGAGCCAUUACAAUGGCAGGAUGACCUCCUUCGUUGUACUAUCUUGCAUGAUGGCUGCCAUGGGAGGAGUCAUUUUCGGCUAUGAUAUCGGAAUUUCAGGUGGGGUGACAUCAAUGGAACCAUUCCUGAAAAAAUUCUUCCCGGAAGUGUACAGAAAGAUGAAAGAAGACACAGAGAUAAGCAACUACUGUAAAUUUGAUAGCCAGUUGCUCACUUCCUUCACAUCCUCACUAUAUGUUGCUGGCCUUGUUGCUUCCUUCUUUGCAUCUUCGAUCACCAAAGCGUUUGGGCGAAAGCCAUCAAUCCUUUUAGGAGGCGCUGCGUUCCUUGCCGGUGCUGCUCUCGGCGGUGCUGCCUCUAAUGUCUUCAUGUUAAUAUUUGGUCGUGUCUUGCUUGGAGUUGGUGUUGGUUUUGCGAACCAGUCAGUUCCACUUUAUCUCUCUGAAAUGGCACCACCAAGGUAUAGAGGGGCAGUGAACAAUGGCUUUCAAUUUAGUGUUGGCAUCGGGGCACUGUCCGCCAACCUCAUAAACUAUGGAACAGAAAAGAUAAAAGGUGGUUGGGGUUGGCGAAUCUCCCUGGCUAUGGCAGCAGUCCCUGCCUCAAUCCUAACUCUCGGUGCACUUUUCCUCCCAGAGACACCCAACAGCCUGAUUCAGCGCGCCAAUAACCAUGAAAGGGCCAAACUGGUGCUGCAACGUGUGCGAGGCACCACCGAUGUCCAAGCAGAACUUGAUGAUCUCAUCAAAGCUAGCUCAAUCUCGAGAACUGUUGAGAACCCAUUUAAGAAUAUUAUUAGAAGAAAAUACAGGCCUCAACUAGUAAUGGCAAUAGCCAUACCAUUUUUCCAGCAAGUUACAGGCAUCAAUGUCAUUGCAUUUUACGCUCCAAUACUUUUCAGGACAAUUGGACUUGGUGAAAGUGCGUCUCUCUUGUCAUCAAUUGUAACAGGGGUUGUGGGUACUACAUCCACAUUCAUAUCAAUGCUUGUUGUCGAUAAACUUGGUAGGAGAGCAUUGUUUAUAUUUGGGGGUAUCCAAAUGUUUGUGUCGCAGGUAAUGGUCGGGGGUUUUAUGGCGGCCGAGCUAGGUGAUCAUGGUGGUAUGGACAAAGGGUACGCUUGUUUAGUUCUGAUUUUGAUCUGUGUUUAUGUGGCUGGAUUUGGGUGGUCAUGGGGUCCUCUGGGAUGGUUGGUUCCCAGUGAAAUUUUCCCACUAGAGAUUCGAUCUGCUGGGCAAAGUAUUGUUGUAGCAGUGAGCUUUCUCUUCACUUUCAUUGUUGCGCAAACUUUCUUAUCUAUGCUUUGCCACUUCAAGUCUGGGAUUUUCUUCUUUUUUGGGGUUUGGGUUGUCAUUAUGACUGCCUUUGUGUACUUCUUGCUGCCGGAGACAAAGAAUAUGCCCAUUGAGAAAAUGGAUAUAGUGUGGAGGGAGCACUGGUUCUGGAAGAGAAUUGUAGGGGAAGCUGUUGACGACAGUAAAAUGGAAACAGCUUGAAAUACAGCUAACAAAUUUUCCAACUUUGUUG